UAUGCGCUGGUCUGCCUGGUGGGCCUGGUGGGCAAGUUAGUCAUCUUCGUCAUCCUCCGCUAUGCCAAGAUGAAGACAGCCACCAACGUCUACCGGCUCAGCCAGGCUGUCGCCGAUGAGCUCUCCUUGCCGAGCGUACGCUUUGCGGCCUCGUCGGCAGCCCUGUGCCACUGGCCCUUCAGACUGGUGCUGUGCAGCGCAUUGCUCAGAGAGGACGGCCUCAACACGUUCACCAGCGUCUUCUGUCUGACUGUGCUCAGCGUGCACUGCUAAUACAUAGCUGUGGUGCACCCUCGGCGCGUCCACACCUACCUGCGGCCCAACGUGGCCCAGCUAGGUAACUUGGGAGUGUGGGUGGCGUCCUUGCUGAUCACCCUGCCCAUGGCCAUCUUUGCAGGCACCAGGCCGGCUUGGGGAGGCCAGGUCGUGAUCUGCAACCUACAUUGGCUGCACCUGGCCUGGUCGGCGUUCUUCUACACUUUCCUGUUGGGCUUCCCGCCUGUCCUGGCGGUGGGACUGUGCUACUUGCUUAUGGUGGGCAAGAUGUGGGCAGUGGCACUGUGGGCUAGCUGGCAGCAGUUGAAACGCUCAGAGAAGAUCAAGCAGCUGGUGCUGAUGGUGGUGGCCGUCUUUGUGUUCUGCUGGAUGCCUUUCUAUGUGGUGCACCUACUGAACCUGUUUGUGACCAGCCCUGAUGCCACGGUCAACCACGUGUCCCUUAUACUCAGCUAUGCCAACACCUGUGCAAAACCUAUCCUAUACAGCUUUCUCUCUGACAACUUCUGCUGUUCUUUCCAGGAGAUUUUCUGCCGUUCUUUCCAGCAGAUUUUCUGCCUGUGCUGGUGCCUCCUGGAUGCCGCUGUCAGUGCUGAGGAAGAGCCCCUGGACUAUUAGGCUGCUGCUCUCAAGAGCUGA